AUGGCAAGAUGUACAAUUACGUGUCCGUGUUGUCUGCGAUUCAAGUUCAGUGCUGAAGAAGUGGAACAACGGUAUAGAAGUAAAGAAAUUGAUAAACUUAUAGACAAAGAUAAACACCUGUUGCGCCGACAAGUAAAAUUACUAUUGUUGGGAGCCGGUGAGAGCGGGAAAUCAACAUUCCUUAAGCAAAUGCGCAUUAUUCACGGUAUACAUUUUGAACCUGAACUUGUCAUUGAAUACCAGCACAUAAUUUAUCAAAAUAUAUUAAGAGGUAUGAAAGUAUUAGCAGAUGCUAGGCAAAAGUUAGGUAUACCAUGGGAAAACCCCGAUAAUAAUAAAAAUGGUGAAUUUAUUUUGAGUUUCGACAAUCGUACCACUUUGGAUACACGAUUAUUCCAGUCGUAUGCUCCAUCAAUGUACUGCUUGUGGAAAGAUGCUGCUAUUAAAAGAGCAUUUGAACGGAGGAGAGAAUUUCAACUUAGUGAUUCAGUACAAUAUUUUCUUGAUAAUAUUGAAAAUAUUGCUAGAAGUGACUAUUUACCAACAAAUAAAGAUAUUUUACAUGCUAGACGAGCUACUAAAGGCAUUUAUGAGUUUACAAUUCCAAUAAACAAUAUUCCAUUUCGAUUUGUUGAUGUUGGUGGACAACGAUCCCAACGACAGAAAUGGUUUCAAUGUUUUGAUUCUGUCACAUCGAUAUUAUUUCUAGUAUCCUCUUCUGAAUUUGAUCAAGUUCUUGUAGAAGACAGAAAAACAAAUAGAUUAGAAGAAUCAAAAGACAUAUUCGAUUCUAUUGUAAAUAAUGUAAUAUUCCGACGAGUUUCCAUAAUACUUUUUAUGAACAAAACUGACUUAUUGGCUGACAAAUUAGAAAGAAGAGAAACAAAUAUCAAGCAUUAUUUCCCAAAUUUUGCAGGAGAUCCUCAUAGUUUGCCUGAUGUACAAAUAUUUUUAUUGGAUUUCUUUCGUCAAGCGAAACGCGAUCCAAGAAAAUCACUGUUUCAUCAUUUCACUACUGCUGUGGACACAGAAAACAUUAAAGUUGUAUUUAAUGCUGUUAAAGAUACAAUUUUACAUAGAAAUUUGGAAUCUUUAAUGCUUCAGUAA